AUUUUGCACAAACAUUGCUGUUUGUACAACUUAAUAAGUUAUUGUCGGAAAGAAAACAACUACAACAACAACAAACAUGGAUUUGGAACCCAUUUCAGCCGCUGAAAGAGCGCGGAGAUCCGUGUUCGUUGGCAACAUUCCCUAUGAAGCAACAGAAGAGGCAUUGAAAGAUAUCUUCACACAAGCCGGUCCAGUUGUCAGCUUUAGGCUAGUGUAUGACAGGGAGACGGGGAAGCCCAAGGGCUAUGGGUUCUGUGAGUACCAGGAUGUGGAGACAGCCCAGAGUGCCCUCCGCAACCUCAACAACACAGACUUCAACGGGCGGCCCCUGCGUGUGGGCGUGGCUGCAGGAGAGUCCAACAAGGAUGACAUGGCUGGCAUGCAGCAGGCACUCGGCGGACCCGUGCUGGAGAGCCCAUAUGGUGAUUCUGUAGAGCCAGAGAAGGCUCCUGAAGCCAUCUCCAAGGCCGUGGCCAGCCUGCCACCAGAGCAGAUGUUCGAACUCAUGAAGCAGAUGAAGCUCUGCAUACAGAACAACCCUACAGAGGCAAGGAACAUGUUGCUGCAGAACCCCCAGCUGGCGUACGCAUUGCUGCAGGCCCAGAUUGUCAUGAAGAUUGUCGACCCACAAGUUGCCAUGGCGAUGCUGCACAGGGACAGUUCCCAGGUGCCUCCCCCGGGCAGCUCCACCCCCUCCAUGCCAGCCAUGAGUCAGCAGGCACCCAUACAGGCCACUGCCCCAAUGGCACAGGCUGUUAUUCAGGACCAAGGAAUGAUGGGUGGCCCGGUUCGAGGGCCCAAUGUUAUGAUGAACCCAGUCAGUGCCCCAAGUGGUCCCAUGUCAGGGCCUGUUGGUGGGAUGAUGGCUGGGGGCCCUAUGAGGGGUGUGCCGCCAGUGUCAGUGGGUGGGGGGUAUGUUGGCCCGGGUGGUAUGGGGCCAGACAUGGUUGGUCCUGGGCCUAGAGGUCCUAUGGGAGGCAUGGCCGGCCCGCCCAGGGGUGGAGACUUUGGUCGUGACCCACGGGCCGACCCCAGAGCUGACCCCAGGGACCCCAGACUGCUGGGUCAGGGUGACGUUAGGGGCAUGGGUGGGCCCCGCCCUGUCAACCCCAUGAGCAGCAUGCCACAAGGGUCUAUGGGUGGCAUGAUGGGAGGUAUGAACCCCUCGAUGAUGUCUGGAGGUCCCCCUGGUCAGAUGAUGGGAGGUCCACCACAGGACCAGGAGAAGGCGGCACUCAUCAUGCAGGUGUUACAGCUGACCGACCAGCAGAUCUCCAUGUUGCCCCCUGAACAGAGGCAGAGCAUCCUCAUCUUGAAGGAGCAGCUGGCAAAGAAUGUGGCAUAGCCUCUCACCAUCAGAGGACUGCAUCUCAUCAGUCAGAGUGUAGACUGCUAUCGGCUGAUAGCAUGUUCAUUUAUGUGUAGAUUGUCAUUGCAUUGGUAACACAUGCCCAUUGUCAUUGCUUUGUUAUGAUUGGCUUCAGGAUAAGUGUUCAUUAAAGAUAGAAACAAA